CUUUAUUCAUUUUUUUUUUUUUUAAAAAAAAAAUAAUUUCUUUUACAAUGGAAGAUGCUGACUGUCUCCGUUAUCAUUUUGGAGAAAUCAAACAAAAGACCAAGCAUAUCGAUCUACAAGUAGAAGAGAGCCCUGAAAUAUCACAAAACUUUUUCAUUAAUCGACUUUUCUCUUAUAAAAGACGACAACAAUCAAGUGGCUAUUGGAAAUAUGUUGUUGGUGUCUACAAGAACUUGUUUUUAAUGUUCUAUUUUAAUUGGACGUCUAUAAUUACUGCACCAAUAAGCACUAUAGCCUUUCUUACCUUUUACCCUUUUAUUAGUUUUGUCUUGUUUGUCUUUGAAAUUGGAUUAAAAGUCUUUAUGGAUUUCUUGGGUGGAUCUGUACUUAUAAAGCAUAUAAGCGAAAUCUAUGGUCAAGGAUUGAGUAUACCUAAUUGGGGCGCACCACAAUUAUUAUUUUCUACUGAAUCACAAGAACUGAUAAAAUUAACUUCUCUUACACUCGGGACACCAUACACAGCUAAUAAUGAUGAUAAUGAAGAUCGUCAUCGUACAUUUGAUAUAUCAAUAGCUCAAUCUUUAACUGUUUUAUCUGCUUUGAUCUAUGAGCGACAAGAUGAAUUUAUCACCAAAGCCUUUCAACUUGGGAAUGACAAUGAACAUACUCCAGCCAUUGAACAAGAGAUGAACCGUCUUAUCUGGGAAUCUGAAAAUCGGAUUCGAACUAUAGCUCGUACUUAUGGUCUUCACUUUGCAGGUGUAACAGAAUUAAAAUCAUUAGCUGGACCCUUCUGUGGACUUUAUUGGCCUAUCAAUUAUGAACAGCCCUUUAUUAUUGUCGUCUUUAAGGGUACAACACCUACAAACUAUAGUGAGUUUUUAGUAGAUGCUACACUUCAACGUGUAGACGCUCGUACCUUUCUCUUUGGAUCAGCCCAUGAGGGCUUUUAUGAUAGUUUAUUCUCUACAAGUGCUGAUAAUGAUAGUACGAAUCAUGAUCCUUAUUAUUCAAUUCAAAAGGCAAUCAAUCAUAUCGCCUCUGAAUUGUCUCAUCGAGGCCCCGUACAGAUAUGGGUGACUGGACAUUCAUUAGGAGCUGCCUUGGCCUCUCUCUUGUUUGCAAGAUUAUUAAAAUCUCCUGAGGACCUGGGUGAGCACUGUCAGUUACGAGAUGCUUACGUUAUGGGAUGCCCCGCCAUCGGUGACAAUGACUUUGCCGCUAAUUUUGCUUCCUUUACUAAUAUGCCCUUAUCUCGUCCAUCUGUCUUUUGGCGUCUGAUUAAUCAGUCUGAUGUCGUCUCUCAUAUCCCUGUUGGUUAUGAUAAUUCUAUGGUAGGUUAUUAUGCGCCCUCCACUGAUUUCUUUAAUUACUCCCAUAUCGGUCACGCUGUCCAAAUCACUUGGCCCUGGAUGUCGAAACCUAUUAAAAUUUAUCCCUCAAGUUAUGAAUCCAAUCUUAAGGUGAACGUUGUUGAUUCUAAAGAAAAUUAUAACAACAAUACGAUGGAUUCCGUUGUAAGUGGCUUAGAAGUACGGCACAUGAAUAAUACGAAACAACAACAACAUAAACAAAAGAAGAAAAACCUUAUUGGAUUUAUCGAAAGCAUGUAUCCAUUUUAUAUUUAUGAUCACCUUCCUAAUGGUUAUUUUGAAGGACUUGAACGUGCACGUGAUUAUUAUAUGCAACAGAAUCAUACUUAGGAUAAUAAUAAUGAUAAUAAUAAUAAUUAUAAUAAUAAUAAUAAAAAAAAAAAAAA